AUGGCUCCAGCCGUCUUCAUGGUAGUAGUAGCAGCAGCAGCAGCAGUAGUAACAGUAGUAGCAGUAGUAGCAGCAGCAGCAACAGCAGCAGCAGCAGUUGCUACUAGUAGUGGUGGUGGUGGUCGUCGUCGUCGUCGCCGUAGUAGUGGCAGUAGUAGUAGCAGCAGUAGUAAUGGUAGUGGUAAUAGUAGUGGCAGUAGCAGCAGCAGCAGUAGCUAUGGUAGUGGUAGUGGUAGCAGUAGCAGCAGGAGCAGUAGCAGUAGUAGCAGCAAUAGUAGCAGUAGUGGUGGUCGUGGUCGUGGUCGUGGUGGUAGUAGUCGUAGUAGUAGUAGUCGCAAUCGUAGUUGUAGUAAUAGUGGUAGUGGUAGUGGUGGUAGUCGUGGUAAUGGUCGUAGUAGUAGUGGUAGUAGUAGUCAUAGUGGUGAUAGUGGUAGUGGUAAUAGUAGUAGUGGUAGUAGUAGUAGUGGUGGUGGUGGUGGUGGUAGUGAUGGUGGUAGUAGUAAGUUAACUUCUUUAUUUUGA